AUGACGGAGAAACAGAUAACUCCAUCCCCUCCAAGCGAUAGUGCGACCUCCAGGGUCACCAAUCUCACUAAAAUGGCCACCGAACAUAUUCGAUGCCCGCCUCCGGAGGCCGAUUCGCCUUACGAUAUUGUCCAUUUCCUUUGCGGCGAUAAGGAUAAACCAGAGUUGUCCGUGAUGUGCUACGACAAACGGUUCGAGAUACUAGCAUUAGCAAAAAUUCUUGACAGCUGUCCGUGUAUCAAAGCUGAUUUCUUGCGCCUAUUGGACGAUCUUUUAUCCAUGGAUGCUGACAACUUCGAAUUCAACCUCGACAACACGGAUACGAUGGAGGAGAUGUGCUACUAGAUGGCAGAGGCAUGCUUUUCGAUGCUCCGAUCUUUGGCGCCCUGUCUAACGGGCCUACGAGUGAUAACACUGGAGGAAUAUUACAACGCUCAGACAAUUCACUUGACCAUUCAGGUGAUUGAUGGGAAGUUGACUGGAACACAGUCACCGCACGAGCCACAAGACCUCAAGCCGCACAUCCAGCUUGCGGACGCUAUUAUGAGUGUCGAGGUCCGCUGUUUACCAUCCUUCCAGAGUGAGAUUGCCCUGGGAUACAGAGAAUAAACGACCCGCGCUACCGUCGAGAGUAUUUCUCGAUGACUGAGACAGGGAACUCUUCUUCAAGCCAUCUUACCGUGGGAGUUCAAAGCAUUUUGAAUGUGAAAUCAACAUCUUCCUCCGCCUGCAGAAAUCUGGACUUGGUCACCGCAUCCGAGCACCCAGUCUCCACGAUUUCGUUUCCUUAGGUAAAGACAACUCCGAAAUCUCUGGUAUUCUGCUCUCCUACGUCAAAUUUCACCAUACGCUGGCCAAUCCUAAAGUUUUAUUUGCAAGUCGUUCCCUUCGGGAACGGUGGGCCAGCCAACUGAAACUGAUGGUCAACGCACUCCAUCAAGCUGGCGUUGUCUGGGGGGGACAUAAAACCGGACAACUUCCUUUUGGAUACGGAAAACGAUUCGUGGAUUAUUGACUUUGGGGGGUUCUUAUACACCUGGCUGGGUGGAUGAAGAACUGGUGGAAACAGUUCAAGGAGAUAUCCAAAGUCUUGCGAGAAUUAUCGACUACCUGAAUGGACGAUAGUGAGAUCAUGAACACAUUUCUCAAGACCGC